AUGUGGUUGAAGAAAGUUCUUCCUGCUGCCUUUCUGGUAUGUGUGAGUUCAGCAGACCAGCAAGCUGCUGGAUCAUCUUUCACACCAGCACGACCACCAGCCAUUCCACUCGCGGUCAAGUCUCCUUACUUAAACACGUGGCUACAAGCUGGAAGGGAAGGUGGUAAUGGGGGGUAUCUCGCAGGCCAGUGGCCUCAAUUCUGGGCGGGCCAAAUUACAGCCUGGGCGGGGAUGAUUCGUGUCGAUGGCGAAACUUAUACUUGGAUGGGUUCUCCAGGACCUCAAUCGGUCACUCAAAAGGCUUUCAGUUAUACCGCUACAAGCAGUCAGUUCACAAUGGAUGUUGGUGGGAAAGUGGAAAUGAAUAUCACAUUCACAUCACCCAUCACACCUGAUGAUAUGAAGAGACAGUCACUGUUGUUUUCUUAUCUCGAGGCUCGAGUUUACUCCAUAGACGGAGCAAAGCACAAGGUUCAAUUGUAUACUGAUAUCUCUGCUGAAUGGGUAGCAGGAGAUCACGGUGCAGUAGCUCAAUGGGGCUACGGAGUCACUUCUGACAACGUUACUUACCACAAAGUUGCUAGACAGACACAACUCGAGUUUAGCGAAACUUCUGAUCAAGCAGAUUGGGGUAACUGGUACUAUUCCACAAAGAACAGAGACAACCUUGCCUACCAAUCUGGCUCAGACCGUGACGUCCGUGGUCAAUUCCAAAGCACCGGAAAGCUAGCCAAUACCAAAGAUACCAAUUACAGACCUAUCAACCAGCAAUAUCCUGUUUUUGGAUUCUCAAGCGACUUUGGCACGAUUCAGCAGGAAACUCAUAGCACGUUGUAUACCAUUGGCUUAACUCAAGAACAGGCUGUUCAGUUUGAUGGUGCUUCUGGUGUUGUUCCUCUGCCAUCUCUGUGGACGAGUUACUUUUCAAGUGAGGAAGAAGCUGUCGGCUUCUUCUACAACGACUACGGAGGAGCCAGCAGAACAGCCAGAGGCCUCGACAACAAAAUCAACCGAGAUUCCAUCGCCGCAGGAGGUCAAGACUACGCAACAGCAACAAGCCUCGCAACCCGACAAGCAUUCGGCGCCACGCAACUAGUAGGCAACCUCACCAAACAAUACCUCUUCCUCAAAGAAAUCAGCUCCGACGGCAACACCCAAACCGUCGACGUGAUCUUCCCCUUCCACCCCAUCCUCCUCUACCUGCAGCCCUCCUACCUAAAACUCCUCCUGGACCCCCUCUUCGAAAACCAAGAAAGCGGCCACUAUCCAAACAUGUACUCGAUGCACGAUCUAGGCUCGCACUACCCCAACGCAACCGGCCACGCCGACGGCAACGAUGAACCGCAACCGCUCGAAGAAUGCGGCAACAUGCUCAUCAUGACACUCGCCUACUACCAACGCACGCUCGAUAUCGCAUACCUCUCCGCCCACUUCCCCAUCCUAGAUCAAUGGACGCAAUACCUCAUAACCUCCGCGCUCAUCCCCGCAGACCAGAUUUCCACCGACGACUUCGCAGGCUCGCUCGCCAACCAGACAAACCUAGCUUUAAAAGGUAUAAUCGGGACCCGCGCCAUGGCAACCAUAGCUAAUCUAACCGGCCACUACGAGGUCGGCGCGAACUACACGACCAUCUCCUCCUCUUACAUCCAGUCCUGGCAAAACCUUUCCACAACCCCCCUACCCAUCCCACACACCACACUCUCCUACAACAACCCCAGCACCCACGGCCUGCUGUACAAUCUCUACGCCGACCGUCUCUUAUCCCUGAAUCUCGUGCCCCAGGGGGUCUACGACAUGCAAAGCGCGUUCUACGGCACGAUCAUGGAGACGUACGGCGUACCGCUCGACACACGCCAUGGCUACACGAAGGCGGAUUGGGAGAUGUUCGUUGCCGCUGUAGCAGGGGAGAGCACGAAGGUGAUGUUUAUGGAGCGGAUUGCGCGGUGGAUUGACGAGAUGCCGAUCGGGGCGCCGUUGACGGAUUGGUAUGAUGCGGGGAGUGGGGAUUGGCCGAUUGGAUCCGGACACUUCACAGCGAGGCCUGUGGUUGGGGGGUUCUUUGCUUUGUUGGCGUUGGAUUGA